AUGUCUCCCAGCUUCCCGGCCCCCUAUCCAAACAAUGUGAACAAGACAUGGAUCGUCAGCACUGAGGAGGAUUACAAGAUUGCCAUCACCUUCUUCGAGUUCAGGGUCGAUACGAACUAUGACGGCGACUUCCUCCAGACUGGCGACGGUACGGACGUCACUGCAAACCAGUUCUUCGAGGAAAAUGGGUUUACGCUCCCGCCCAACCUGCUGUCCAAUGGGAAUGAGAUGUGGCUGCGAUUCAUUACCGAUGACCGGUACACUAGCAAUGGGUUUGUGCUGGGGGCUGCCAGUGUUCCCUCGACAGAAAUGUUGACUUGUUCUCGUACUGAAUUUGACUGUGGACAUUACUGCAUCCGUGGCACCCUGCAGUGUGACCGUGUAAAUGACUGCUUUGUAGGAAAAGAUGAACUAAAUUGCGACGAGGACCGUCUCGUUUACAUUGGAGCAUCCGAAACAGCUGAGCUUGCCUCGACUAGAUACCCGGACUGGUACGUCAACGACAUCCAGAUAACGUGGAUCAUCCGAACCGAAGAAGCUCGCAAGAUCAACAUUACCUUUGCCCAGUUUAAUACCCGUUUGUAUGACAUCUUCCAAGCUGGUGAUGGCAACAAUAGCACCAUCAGUGUGUUCUUCCAGUGGAGUGGGGACAAAAACCCGCCCGACCUGCUGUCAGCUGGCAAUACCAUGUGGCUUCAGUUCACUGCCGACACAUAUUACAGCAAUCCAGGGUUUCUUCUUACAGCACGCAGCGUACCUGCCUCUGACGAGGACCGUCUCGUUUACAUUGGAGCAUCGGAAACAGCCGAGCUUGCCUCGACUAGAUACCCGGACUAUUACGUCGACGACAUCCAGAUAACGUGGAUCAUCCAAACCGAAGAAGCUCGCAAGAUCCGCAUUUCCUUUACCAAGUUUUACACCCAGCAGUCGAAUGACGUCUUGCAAGCCGGUGAUGGCAACAAUAGCACCCACAAUGUGUUCUUCCAGUGGAGUGGGAACAGAAACCCGCCCGAAGUGCUGUCAGCUGGUAAUACCAUGUGGCUUAGGUUCACUGCCGACAAAUAUAGCACCUAUCCAGGGUUUCUGCUUACAGCACGCAGCGUAAAUGCCUCUGACGAGGACCGUCUCGUUUACAUUGGAGCAUCGGAAACAGCCGAGCUUGCCUCGAUGAAAUACCCGAACUAUUACGACAAUGACAUCCAGGUAACGUGGAUCAUCCGAACCGAGGAAGCUCGCAAGAUCAGCAUUUCCUUUACCCGGUUUAGUACCGAGUUUUGGUAUGACGUCUUCCAGGCCGGUGAUGGCAACAGUAGCACCCACAAUGUGUUCUUCGAGUGGAGUGGGUACAGAAACCCGCCCGAUCUGCUGUCAGCUGGUAAUACCAUGUGGCUUCGGUUCACUACUGACGAAAGUAACAAAAAUCAAGGGUUUCUGCUGACGGUAUCCAGCAUACCUGCCUCUGACAAUUUGACAUGUUCCCCUGACCAGUUUGACUGUGGGCAUUCUGUGUGUAUCACCUCUUACUGGCAGUGCGACGAAGUAGCAGACUGUUUUGGUGGACGCGAUGAACAAGACUGUGAAGCUCUGACUUGUUCCUUGGGUGACGUGGAUUGCGGACAUUCGGUCUGCUUUGGCAACGCCUUGCAGUGUGAUACCAUCUCAGACUGCGUAGAUGGCACUGAUGAGCUGGACUGCGAUAAAGACCGUUUGCUGAUUAUUCCGGCCAAUGAGACAGCCCGCAUUUGUUCGACAUUAUAUCCAGUCAACUACCCCGACAACCUCAAUAUCACUUGGAUCGUUCAAACCGAAGUGGGUUGGAAGAUUCGCAUUGAAUUCUCCAGCUUUUCAGCCCAUACUUCAUACUACGGUGGUGAUGUUCUCCAUGCCGGAGAUGGUAGCAUUGCAGCCAACACUCAGUUUUUUAAGUGGCAUGGGUACAGAAUGCCUCCGGAUCUUCUAUCCAUUGGCAGUGACAUUUGGCUUCGAUUUAUCUCUAACGAGUAUUACAGCAGCUCUGGAUUUUCCUUAGUGGUUUCUGCUGUACCUUCUUCAGAAAUCUUGACGUGCUCCCCAAGUGACUUUGACUGUGGUGAUCACUCUGUCUGCAUCCCUGACAUUUGGAAAUGUGACAACAAAGUUGAUUGCUUGCUAGUUGCAGAGGGUGACGAGCAUAACUGUGACAACGAUCGUGUUCUGUUCUUUGGGGCAAUGGAAACAGGCGAGCUAGGGACUACAAACUAUCCAUCAAGUUAUUCAUAUAACAUCGAGAUUACAUGGAUCAUCCACACCGAAGAAGACCACAAGAUUCGCGUCCGUUUCUCCGACUUCCAAACCGAGCACCUGACUGAUUUUGUCCAGGCAGGAGACGGCAACAGGAGCACAGACAACGCCUUCUUCAGAUGGAGUUGGGAUAGGCUUCCGCCUGAUUUGCUAUCCUUUGGACCGGUGAUGUGGCUAACUUUCAAAUCAGAUGGCAGUUACAAUGGACGCGGAUUUUUGUUGUCUGUUGCCAGCGUGCCAGCUACAGAUCGCAAUAUAUUUCUCGGUGCGGACGAAAACGUCCGGAUUACUUCUCCGUUUUAUCCGAGAUACCCGACAAACCUGGAAACAACCUGGACCAUACAGACAGAGGCGAAUCGAAGGGUCCUAGUCACUUUCCAUAGUUUUUCAGUUUCUUCUCAUUACGGCACAUUCAAGGCAGGGGACAGCGGCGCUAACGACACGUUCUAUGUUUCAAACCACACCAUACCAUGUUCAUCGCGCAACUUUGAUUGCGGUCACUCUGUCUGCAUUGAUGGGAGAUGGCGAUGUAACGGUGAACCAGAUUGUUUUGACGACAUUGAUGAACAAAAUUGCGAUGUCGAUGAAUGUAACCCGGACGCGCCGUUGCACAACUGUGAUGACAAUGCAAUCUGCGAUGAUACCUUCGAAGGCUUCACAUGCACCUGUAGACCUGGAUAUGCAGGAAACGGCGUGUAUUGCACAGAUGUGGAACCGCCCAGCAUCACUUGCCCUGCCGACUUCACAGUCUACACGGACUGCAGAAAGGACUACUCAACGGUCUCCUUGCCCGACGUCCAAUCAGCAUCCGACAACUCCGGCCAGUAUACCAUUAGCAUAAACAUUGGCGACUCGAUAUACGAGGUGGGCGACACCACGACUCUCAGUCUGGGAGCAUCACCUCACAUGGUGCGCUACACCGCUACUGACAAUUCAACCACUGCACACUGUGAUACAUACGUGACGGUGACAGAGGUUUCCGAUGGAACAUUCUGUGAAGAAACUGGAUCCCCACCAAACUGCAUCUGUAAGUCAAACGAAGGGCUCGACUGCACUUGCUCCUACAAACACUGUGGUCAUGACUGUUCUCAAUCAGCUGAGGGAGUGGAAUGUACAGGACCAGGCAAACCAUACCCAAAGUGCACAGAUGUUGAUCUUUGCGAUCCUGGAUACUCAGGACCACGCUGUGAUAGCGACAGUAACUACCUGCAGUGUCCAGAAGUUGACAACCGCUGUAUUUCGGACAGACUGUCGUCCGUAGAGAUUAGUUGGACGCUUGGCCCCCCGGGAACUAGCUCCGACAUAACUUGCACAGAUUCCUUUGAUGGAGCCACUGUGGAGACUACCGGGGGUGUGUUUGGUGUUGGGACGCACCACGUGGUCUGCUCCUCGGCAGAUAAUGCCUUCCCAGACUGUCUAAUUUCUUUCAGUGUUUCAUAUUUCCCGUCUCUGACAGUACCUGACGUCGGUGGGCAGUGCACGGAUCCAGGCAUGAACACAUCUACAGUGACAUGGACCGAGGUUCAUGCCAAGGACGAUGGUGAAGUCACCAUCGAUUGCACAGAUUCUGGAGAUGGCGUCGGUGUCGGUGUUGCAGGAGGUGUAUUUGGUGUCGGGCCGCAUAUCAUCACAUGCCGUGCUGUCAAUGAUGCUGGGUGUUCAAGGUCAAAGCUCUUUACGUUCAACGUCGUUGAGGGCAGUCUCGUCCCAUUUGGAGAAGAAAUCGGAGACUCCCUGUUGUCAAAAGAACCACAGGGGCCACACUUAGCAAAGGAUCUGAUAUCACCUACCAUCCGUCCACCAAACUUCUUUCCCUUCGGCAGCAAGCUUUACGAAAAGAUAUACUUUACCGACAAUGGAGUGAUUGUCCUGUCCAACGACCAAAGCCUGAAUAAACGAGCGUUCCCCAGUCCUCAGGGUAAAACUUUCCCCGGUGACAGGACGAUGAUAGCGCUGUUUUGGGCGGAUGUCAAAGCCAACGCCUUCACUGCCACAGAUAAUGUGUUUUGGCAGGUACACGAUCAGUAUGAUCCAAAUGUCAACCAGAACAUGCUGGAUGUUGCCAGUCUCAUAGUUUCAGCCAACUACAGUGGUUUUUCAGCAAACUGGGCUCUGUCUAUCACCUGGAGAAAUGUAAAGGCCAUAUCACCCUUAGAAGUAAGUCUUCCAACAUUUAAUGACACAAAUACCUUCCAAGCUUUGCUUGCGACUGACGGAGUCCGCGCUUUCGUCGUUUUCAAUUACGAUCCCUGCGGCAUGAACUGGGAUACCAGUUUUUUGCCCAACAAGAACGUCAUCCAGGGUUACACCUCCGGAGUCUUUGGCGAAACUGUGUAUGUAGACAUACCCGAAGAAUCACAGUUUCGUCCCGGUGGCAUAGUGGGCAACACAGGGAAGACAGGACGCUGGGUCUACCGACUCGACACCCUCCCGGACGGUUUUGUCAAUCCGCGUAUGUCCUGCCACGAUUGGUACCACCGCCAGGAACCGUACCCACUGUUUGCCAUCCACUAUCCUCCGCUCGCAGACACGUGCCCAUGCAGUUCGAGGAUCGCCGAUUUGGAUUGGAGAUACACCGAGGCCUCGAAAUCAGUCGUCUUGCCAGAUGAUGGAAAUUCUUAUCCCGCCGUUUGCUACGUAGGGCUUUUCCAGGUUUCCGGGAUACCCGGUCCACUGUGCUGCUAUAAUCGUUUCAGUCGUGAUCUUGUGUACGACGUACGAAGUGCUAUGGUCGCGUCUGUCUUUGAGAGGUAUCCACUUGGGCCUAUAUACUACGAGGCCAACUCUUUCGACAUAUGGAAAAGGGAAGAAGUUCUUCCACGUUAUUAUUGUUGUCAGAAGUCUACUCUUUGCCACCUGUACAGAACCUGGCGACCUCUAAUGACAUGUGGGCGGUACAGGCCACCGACUUGGAUGUGGGGCUGGGGAGACCCCCAUGUCGUAACUCUUGAUGGACUGGAGUACACCUUCAAUGGUCUUGGGGAAUACACACUAUCAGUACUCGGAGAUGACGAUGGACAACGAGUCUUUGAACUGCAGGGUCGCACACGACAGGUCGUGGAUACGGAGACAGGGGAACUUAGUCAGGCCACUGUCUACUCUGGAUUUGCUGCGAUGUACACAGGAGAAGCAAAGAUUGAGACCAAGUUGAGUGAUGAUGCCAUGGAUUUGGUAACGACUGUCAAUGGGACCGUUGUCACACCCACUGCUGAAGGAUUGCAGUUUGAAAAUCUUCGGGUAACGAGGGCGGAGAACCCAAUAAAAGUGAGUGUCAUGUAUUCUGAUUACGUCACCUUUUCCGUCGGGGUGAACAACAGCAUGGCCGACAUCACAGUACUUUUCAACGAGGACUUCAAAGGCAAAACAAAAGGAAUUCUAGGUGUGUGGGAUGACGACCCAAGCAAUGAUGUUUUGACGCGUAAUGGAACUCUGCAACCAGGCUCCGGAGACAAUGGAGAGCUGGUGGAGAGGGACUACUUCGAAUUUGGCGAAACAUGGCGAGUUGUGGAGGAAGACUCUCUCUUCUUCUAUCAGUCUCCUGGUGAAAGCUACGACUCCUUGAACGACCCCAACUUCACUCCAGACUUCCUGCAAGAUUUGAUCGACAAGGCACCGCCGGGAAAAUACGACGAGGCCAAAACGGUCUGCGGAUCUAGCUACGAGUGUCUGUACGACUCAUUGGCUCUGAAUGAUACCAGCAUCGGUAUGGCUACAUCAACACUCAAUGACAUGAACAUGGAAAACAUGGCAAUCGCAACCAAUUUCCCACCAAACAUAACAUUUGUGGACUCCAUCGACGUUAUUGUGGGCAGGAACUUCAUCCUGCAACUGGAAGCAGUGGAUCCUGAGGGCGAUAACGUCACUUUCGACUUACUUGAGAUGGUACCAGGGGCAGACAUUACAGCCUCAGGUCGAUUUUCUUGGACACCAGAGGACAAGACUAAGGUGAAAAUCGGCUUUUUAGCAACAGAUGGAAAAGCGAAUGCCACACUGGAACCUAUUGUGAAGCUCUGUGACUGUCAGAAUGGCGGCACCUGCCUGUUUGAUCAGUACGCGAGUGGGGUGGAUAUCGUUCAAGACCGAUUUGGGGUCGUGUUAUGCCAAUGUGAGCCCGGCUGGUCGGGAGAGUUCUGUGAAGAGAACUACGACGCGUGCGCAGACAACCCGUGUUUCCUGAAUGUUGAUUGCGUGGAUGAGGAUCCACCCUCGUUGAACAGCACCUGCGGACCUUGUCCAGCGGGACUUGAAGGGGACGGGAAAACCUGCCAAGAUAUUGAUGAGUGCGAGUUGUACAGAGACCAGCCAGCUAGCGGUGGCGGACUGGGCUGCGACCAGAACUGUCACAAUAUCCUUAUGAACUUCACGUGUAGCUGCAAUGCUGGAUACUUACUGCAUGAGGAUGGGAAGCGAUGCAUUGACGUUACAGACGAAUGUCACUUGUCUGCGUUGAGCUGUUUGAAUGGAGGGACCUUUGAUGCGGAGUUUUGCGAGUGCGUCUGUCCACUUACGCACUCGGGAAUGACGUGUGCUGAUGAGAAUCGCUGUCUUUCUAGCAACAGAUGUGGGAAUGACCAAUACUGUUUACCAAGCAAUGAUCCGUCGGGAUUCACGUGCCACUGCAAUAUCAUCCAAGGAUAUGUCGAGGGUGAUUCUGGUCAGUGCCAACGUAAAUUACCCAUCAAGAAUGCCGUGAUUACUGCCCUUAUGGACUUCAACGAUGCCUUUAAAAACCCUACGUCGAAAGCAUUCAAUAAAACCGCAGCUGUGUUUGAGAAUGCAAUUUUGAAGACCCUUAAAGAACACCCAUCAACCAAUGACGUUUUGUCGGUGGUAGUUCCUUUAAUGGAGGAGGGCAGCGUUGUCAUCAGAUCUGUAGCACUGUUUGGAACUGCUGCACCGUCCAACGCCAUUUUACGUCAAGUGCUGGCGAGCAAUGAUACAUUGACUGAUGGCAGUACGGUCAUUGACAUCGAUCAAAACUCGAUCCUUGUGGAUGAUGAGGCAAUAGACUGUGUACCGACUUACUGCAUGAACGGCGGGACGUGUGAGACAUCGGGUAUCUUUCCUUAUAAGAACUACGCAUGCAGGUGCCCCGAGUCCUUCAGCGGUAAGCGAUGUGAGUCCGAAGUGUUGCCACAUCCAGAAGAUGGAUUGUCAACAUUGGCCCUAGCUUUCAUCAUCAUUGGGUCUCUCGCUUUGGCUGUCGUGGUGGUAGUCGUGCUAGUCUGCAUUGUUCUUCACAACCAAAGCCUACAGGCAAAGGUUUCUGCCAACCACCGGAAUAAGGUUGCCCCGAUUAUAGUUGAGGAAGCGGUGGUGGACAACAUCAGUGACUCUACUGACCUCAAGGAGGGUUUGGAAGGCCAUGAAUCGUUUGCUAUGUCAGAUAUGGCUUCAGGCAUGGAGAAUCGCAGUGACGAUACAGCAGAUGACGUCGCUGGCUAUGUGGAUCGCAAUCCUGAUGUCCGCUAG